AUGGUGGUGACAAGCUCUGCCCGAGGCGGCGGCGGGGACCGCGCGCCCUCCCGGCGGCGGGACUGCGGACUCGCGCCGGCCGGUGCCGCGGCGCUGCUGGCCGGGGCGAGCUGCCUGUGCUACGGCCGCUCGCUGCAGGGCGAGUUCGUGCACGACGACGUGUGGGCGAUCGUGAACAACCCCGACUUGCGGCCCGGCACCCCGCUCCGCUGGAGCAUCUUCACUAACGACUUCUGGGGCAAGGGCAUGGCCGAGAACACCAGCCACAAGUCCUACCGGCCGCUCUGCGUCCUCACCUUCAAGCUAAACAUAUUUUUGACCGGCAUGAACCCAUUUUACUUUCAUGCAGUAAAUGUAAUUUUGCACUGCUUGGUGACCCUCGUGCUGAUGUACACCUGCGACAAAACUGUCUUCAAGAAUCGUGGGCUUGCCUUCGUUACGGCGCUGCUGUUCGCUGUGCAUCCCGUUCACACUGAGGCGGUGGCUGGAAUUGUGGGGCGAGCUGACGUGUUAGCGUGCCUGCUGUUUCUGCUGGCCUUUCUCUCCUACAAUAGGAGUGUGGACCAGUGCUGUGUCGGGGAGUGUUUCCCGUCCACGGCCUCGCCCUUCUUCUUGCUGCUCGGCUUGUUUCUGGGGACCUGCGCGAUGCUGGUGAAGGAGACGGGCAUCACGGUGUUUGGGGUGUGCCUGGUUUAUGACCUCUUUUCCCUGUCCCACAAGCAAGAGAAAUCGAGCAAUGGGGCCAUCCAUCAGCGCAGCCCACAGCAGCCCGGGGGCCCCCAGCCCGCGCCAGUGCCAGCGCACCCUCUCCGCCAGAAUGGGAAGCAGCAGCGGUUCCCCCACAAAGCAGCUUGGAGUGGCUGCCACUCCCCGUUGCCACCAGAACCCAAGAGCAGUGGAUUCCCAGUGUCUCCUGGAGCUGUGUGGUCCAUGAUGAGGUAUUUGACAGCAAGCAGUAAUAGAAAUUUCCUGCUUACCAUGAGGCCAUUCUUAAAAAGGGCCAUUUUGGUCAUAAGUUAUGUGACUGUUGUUUUGUACUUCCGCCUGUGGAUAAUGGGAGGGUCCAUGCCCCUCUUUUCAGAGCAGGAUAAUCCAGCUUCAUUCUCCCCUUACUUUCUUACAAGAUUCCUUACCUAUUCCUACCUCUUGGCCUUCAAUAUGUGGCUUCUGCUUGCACCUGUCACCCUGUGCUAUGACUGGCAGGUGGGCAGUAUUCCUCUGGUAGAGACCAUCUGGGACAUGCGGAAUUUAGCCACCGUCCUUCUGGCAGUUGUGAUGGCCCUGCUGAGCCUGCAUUGUUUAGCCGCCUUCAAGAGACUGGAGCACAAGGAAGUGUUAGUGGGCCUGUUGUUCCUGGUAUUUCCAUUCAUUCCAGCCAGCAACCUCUUCUUCAGGGUGGGUUUUGUGGUGGCCGAGAGAGUCCUUUACAUGCCCAGCAUGGGCUACUGCAUCCUUUUCGUGCAUGGACUGAGCAAGCUCUGCACUUGGCUAAAUCGAUGUGGGGCCACCACCCUGACUGUGUCCACUGUGCUGCUGCUGUUGCUUUUCUCUUGGAAAACUGUGAAGCAGAAUGAAAUCUGGCUGUCAAGAGAGUCCUUAUUCAGGUCUGGAGUUCAAACUCUGCCCCACAAUGCCAAGGUUCACUACAACUACGCCAAUUUCCUGAAGGACCAAGGCCGGAACAGGGAGGCCAUCUACCACUACAGGACGGCCCUCAAGUUGUAUCCACACCAUGCGAGUGCCCUGAACAACCUUGGGACGCUGACGAGAAACACGGCAGAGGCGAAGGUGUACUAUCAGAGGGCUCUCCAGCUGAAUCCGCAGCACAACCGAGCCCUGUUCAAUCUGGGGAAUCUCCUUAAGUCCCAGGAGAAAAAAGAAGAGGCUGUCACUUUACUAAAGGACUCCAUUAAAUAUGGUCCAGAGUUUGCAGAUGCCUAUUCAAGCUUAGCUUCAUUACUGGCUGAGCAGGAGAGAUUUAAGGAAGCUGAGGAAAUAUACCAGGCUGGAAUAAGGAACUGUCCAGAUAGCUCAGACUUACACAACAACUAUGGAGUUUUCUUAGUUGAUACUGGCUCUCCAGAGAAGGCAGUGGCCCAUUACCAGCAGGCCAUCAAACUUAGCCCAGGUCAUGACGUGGCCAUGGUGAACCUGGGGAGGCUCCACAGGUCUCUGGGAGACAACAGCAUGGCCGAAGAGUGGUACAAGCGCGCGCUGAAGGUGGCCCGCAAAGCGGAGACGCUGUCCCCUCUGGGAGCGCUGUUUUACAACACGGGCCGGUACGAAGAGGCUCUGCGGGUGUACCGGGAGGCCGCGGCGCUGCAGCCGGCUCACCGGGAGCUCCGCCUGGCCCUGGCUCAGGUUUUGGCCAUGAUGGGUCAGACGAAAGAAGCUGAAAAGAUGACCAGUCACAUUGUGUCAGAGGAGACUGGAUGUCUCGAGUGCUACCGCCUGUUGUCAGCGAUCUACAGCCAGCAGGAGCAGCACCGCAAGGCACUUGAUGCCAUAGACAAGGCUCUGGAGUUGAAACCAAAGGACCCAAAAGUCAUUUCUGAACUUUUUUUCACAAAAGGAAACCAACUAAGAGAGCAGAACCUUCUGGACAAAGCUUUUGAGAGCUACAAAGCCGCCGUGGAACUGAACCCCGACCAGGCUCAGGCCUGGAUGAACAUGGGCGGAAUCCAGCACAUCAAGGGGAACUAUGUGUCCGCACGAGCUUAUUAUGAGCGAGCCUUACAGCUGGUUCCAGACAGCAAGCUGUUGCAGGAAAAUCUCGCCAAAUUGGAUCGCCUAGAAAAACGAUUACAAGAAGUUCGAGAAAAGGAUCAAACAUAGCAGCAUCUGACCUAAUCUGGAGGGACGGUUGCUGGCACUGCUGGAGGGGUUAGAAGUGGUAGAGGCCUUGCUGUCACUCAGCAGGGGGACAACCAGUGAAACUCUCCUCUCCCCCCAGUUCAGGGUGGCACAUUUGGAGGCCACUGGCAGUCUUGUGCUUGGAGCCUUGCAUGUCCAUGACAAAAGACAAAAGAGCAAGCAAGGGCGAGGAGGCCUGGGAGGGAAGGAAUACACAACUAUACAUUUGACAUAUUUUAUUUAUUUUGUUGCUUUAACUCCAGGUCCCCACCCCCUUUACAUUUCUCUGCUUCUGCAAUCCGGAGAUCUGGUUCUCUUUUUUGUUGAACUUUUACGUCCCAGAAACACAGAAGUUGGAAAGUCUGUAAAAGUGAAGCAUUGCUUCUUAGUCGGGUAUUUCAAAGAGGAUAAAUCCUGAGAUAAGCCAUUUGGGAAAUUCUACCAAGAGGUGGCUCACUGAAUUCUCCAGAACCAGAGAGGAGUAUUGAUUAGGUUUUGUACAACCUUUCAGAAUAUGUGGAGAAAGAAGCUGUUGUUAAGUGAGCUUGAUCUAAUAUUCCCCUAAGGAUAUUGCUUGUGCCCUGUUCAGUAGUAAAUGAAAUUCCACUCUGAUGCGAGUUUUCCCCAUUGCCUAACGUAUCAAAAAGGAAGCUUCUGGAAUUGUGUGUGGAUAUUCUUAUCCCUGGGGGGAAGUCAAGGAUCUUGGUACUGCGAAUUCUUCAUGGAAAAUUUAAAAUUAUUUUCUUUUUCUUUUUUUCAAGU